GACAGUGAACGCGACGUUAUUAUUAUUAUUAUUUUUUUUUUAAAUUUCAAAUAUUAUAAUAUUAUACACACAGGUACCUGACCGUUCCGUGGCAUCAUGGUAAAUAAAACGCGCGUUUUUUUUUUUUUAACUAACAUUUUUUCUAUUCAUUUAUUGCAUUAUUGUUCCAAAAUAAAUUCGGUUUUUUUGUUUUGUUUUUUCUCAUCCAGGCAUUCGAGACGUCGCUCGUCUUCCGCGUUUUUCCGUUGAUUCAUUUGGCCGUCUGUGCGCUGCCCAACGCGUUCGAAAUGCCGUCCGAGUGAGUAUAAUAUUUUCGUCAUGACACAUACGCGUACAGGUGCACGCAUACGGGACGUCUCCCACGAAUGUACCCAUUGUUAUAUCUCCGGAGAUAUCGAAAAUAAUCAAAUUCCGGUUUUCAUUUAUAUUACUCUUGGGGAAAAGGGCUAAUAUAAAAGUGAGUAAUGUAAAGAAAAGAAAAAAACGGGAUUUGACUAUAUUUAUUAUCUCCGGAGAUAUUACAAUGGAUACACCCAUGAGGAAUACCCUGUACAGGAUGCGGUCCAAAACAUUAUGAUCUACCGUCGAAACUCAAAGGCGAAAUUCGACCUGCCUACCUUGUUAUAAAAAUGCCGAUUUAAGGUCUUGAAGAUCUUCUUAAAAAAUUGUUACCUCUAUAUUUGAAAGUACUCCCUGCAUCAUAGUCCGUAUUCCCGAGGUUAUUGUUUUCCCAUAAUCACUCGGCGAUCAUUUUCCUCGUAGUUUUCGCUGUCGCUUUCAUCGCUGCCUGUAUUUCGUUGAAGCGGUCGGCGUUUUUUUUCACCUUAAAAUCUCGCGGAUUUCAAUUUUAUUAUGGCACCCAUUUCGCCCGUUUUGUUUUUCCUUUGGUUACAUUUGUCCACACCAACAUCUUUGCAUUUAUACCAAUCUAUAAUAAUUUGUUGAUUUACUUCGAUUGGUUAAAGAUUCGACUUGACGGUUGCCCGUCGGGGAUUUCAUUGUAUAAAAUAAUAUUAUAAGUAUGUCGGCACAUAAUAUUGCCACGGCUAAUAAUCCAGUAUAGGUACACAAUUUUCAAUGGUUUUUAACCAUUUUUCGUUGCGAUUUUUAUAAAUUAAGAUGUUAAUAUUAAAAUCCCGUGACAAAGUACGUCUAUAUCAUCAUUUUCAAUUUGGCAACGUACAUGUUGUCCUUUAUCGAUUGCACAACCAUUAAGCUAUAUAUACUUGUUACUUAACAAUAUAAAACCGGAAGAAUAAUUUUGGAGAAAAUCGUGUGCGCGUUUCCACUAACAAGAGUCGUCAAGCUAAACAGGAAACACUAAAUAAUUCGAGUGCUCGAAAUUUCAAAAUAUAUGGUUAGACUAAUUUUAGAUGCCUAUAAGAUAAUUUUACGGCGUUUUACUGACCUAACUUACCCGUAGAGUAUACAGUUCUCAAUGUUGGUACCCGGUUGUUUAUUUGUUGUAGUUUUAUGUAAAAACGAAUUACGUGUAUAGAAUUUAAAAAUUAAAAAACGAAUAUCGGUUUCCAGCGGCGUGCUCCCGAGUCCUGUGACAUAUUUCGAAGGCGUACAACAAUACGACAACAAAACAAACGCUGGACGGUCGCACGAGGCCAGAUUCGGGUACAUACCGUCAUCUUUGAGCGGCGUAUCGCCACCGAGUGGAAUGGGAGUAAGUAGGACAUAAUAUGUACAUUAUUAAUGUUAUGUUAUGCUAAUUUAAAAUAUAACGAAAAAAAAAAAAUUAAUAUAUAGCGUAUCAUUCGUGUCGCAAUUUAUCAAAAAUAUAUUACAUGUUUAUUUUGUUUUUAAGGGAUACCAAGGUAGUUCGGUCACUGGCUACGGAUCCCAGAAAAUCGACGUAGGAGGCCUAAUUGUGGGCGCUGUAAUUGGACUCGGCAUUUUAAUUUUCAUCCCGAAAAUUCUUUACAUUCUUUAUUCGACAACCAAUAUUUUUGGAGCUCAUCCGGCCGGGAACGGUGGUUACUCUGGCGGAUACAGAAGGAGUGAGUAAAAACAAUAGAAAUAAUUGUUUGUUUCAAUUAUUUAAUGGUUUUGUUUUUUCCCCCUUUCUUCGACUUCCUUUUGACUAUUGAUUAACACAAUAAUAAACUCUCUACAUAUAUCUAUAUAUAUAUAGAUUCAUUUUUAUUUAUGAUUUCUGAGUUAACUAUUCGUUAAAAUCUGGUAAUAAUAUUUCAUUUUAUUCUAGAAUUUUCUAUAACUCAUCCAAUUAUUACUGUGUGUGUAGUUAAAAUUAUAAAAUGUACGCCUAUUUUAAAUAAUAUUACUGUUGAUACUUAGGUGAUGAAAUGAUGUCAAGUUUAAACGGUUUGGCCGCAAAGUUUGAAGACUCCAUGGCCAAAUAUAAUAUUAACACUACGGAGUGUAUGCAAAAGGCGCUGUGUACUUACGUACAGUCUACGGAACAAGUCAAUGAAAAAUCGGGAAUCAACCAUUUUGUGGACAGCACAUUAAAUACGAUAACAAAGUACGAGCAUAUACAUACGCCUUCGUCAAUUUAACACAUUGUAUACUUAUCCGUUUAAAAAUGCAUUAAUUUCCCAUUUAUAAGUAGUAUAAUAAUGUUAUGUAUUUAUGUUAUGUAAAUAGCAAUUCCAUAAUGAAUUUCAUGAUCGACGGAUCGAGAUUUAAAACGGCAUUGGAAGCAGGGAGGAACGGAGAAUGCGGUAUGACUUACAGACUGUGUCCGUUCGAUCAAAACAGCAUUUAUAAGUUUUUGAGGCAAAUCUCGAAUAAAACGUAAACCAUGUGACUUCAGUGAAAUGUUUUUUUUAAAAUUAUUGUAUAAACUUGCUAAACAUUUGUUUUUUUAAGUAAAUAUAAAUUUGGGUAUUACAAAUUGUUAUUUGUUUUUCCCAAAAAUAAAGUUAAGUAAAGUAAAGCAAUAUUAUUUACUAAUAAAUGAUAAUACAAGUGUUGACAAAAUUAUAAUUUAUGAAGUAACUUCUGUGUUAAACUGAUUAUUUGAGAAAAUUAUUUCUUACAGAAAAUAAAACAUCGACAGCACUCUGGUUCUAUACUUUUAAUUUGU